GCAAGAAAGGAACCCCUUCAGGAGAUGCUCAACAUCUUGAGAGCCAAUCUCAUCAAUCUACCACUAAAGGUCUUUUUAUUUCAUCUUCAACAUAUCAACUCUGCGAUUGUUGAUGCAGGGAUUCUGGUUUGCUCAUUAACAGAUGUGGGUGAGACAUACCAAGCACUAGCUCUUGAUUUCUCUGGCAAUAUUCAGAGUAUCCAAGCAGUGAUCUACCUCAUCACUCGAAAGUCAUUUUUCCUACAGACCAACUUAACUAGGACUGAUGGAUUGGACACUACGGAUUUCAGUUUUGACAACCUAAAGGGGCUUCUGAGCUUCUAUUCAGAUUCAAUUGUUUCAGUCCAGAGCCAAAUUCGGACAAUUCAGAAUGAACUCAAGUGCUUCCAAGCUGAUGUAGAAAAGCAAGACGAACUUCAACAUUUUGCCGCAGAUGUAAUUGGUUUGGCAUAUGAGGUAGAACAUAUAUAUGAUGCUUGUAAAUAAAAAAAUAUUCCAGACUGCUGUCUUUUUGUCUGGAUUUUGCACAUUGAAGAAGAUAUUAGAUUGCUUAUGGCAGAAGUAGCAGAAAUUCAAGACGAGAAUGUAUUGCCAAAUACCAAAGAUGAUCCCCCUGCACAUACUUCUUCACAAUUUGCUAAGAAUCCUGACAUGAACGAAGGAACGGUGGGCCUUAUGGAUGUGAUGAAUGAACUAAGAGGCAAACUCACUGGAGGAUCUUCAAACCUUGAUGUGAUCUCAAUUUUUGGGAUGCCUGGAGUGAGAAAGACUACUCUGGCAAACAAACUAUACCUUGAUCAGUCAGUUGUAUCUCAUUUUGAUAUCCGCGCCCAAGUGUGUGUUUCACAAGAAUAUACACGAAAGGACAUGUUAUUAACCAUUCUAGGUGAUCUUAUUGGUAAGAAUGCUAAACUUGAUGAAGAGGCUGAAAAUGCAUUAGCAGAUAAGCUUAAGCAAAAAUUGUUACGCAGGAGAUACCUUAUCUUCAUUGAUGAUAUCUGGCAUACUAGUGCAUGGAAGGAUUUAUGGUCAUGCUUCCAACAUGACAACGGCGGUAGUAGAAUUAUCCUGACAUCUCGGCAACGUGAUGUUGCAUCUGACGCUAAAAUUUAUAGUGAUCCCUUUGAGCUACUACCGUUGUCCAGUGAAAAAAGUUGGACCUUAUUAAAGAAUAAGGUGUUCAAUGAAGAAAGAUGCCCCCCUGACUUACAAAAUGUUGGCAAAAAAAUAGCACAAAAGUGUUGUGGGCUACCUCUUUCAAUCAUUCUUGUUGCAGGUAUUCUUACAAGAAUGGAGAAAGAAGAACAGUGUUGGGAGCAAGUGAUGACAAAUUUAGCUCAACAUAUUGGGACUCUGUCGGAUUACACUAUAGAUCUUAGUUAUCAGAAUUUACCAGAUCAUUUGAAACCAUGUUUCCUAUAUUUUGGAUUAUUUUCAGAGGACAAAGAGAUACAAGUCUCAAAGUUAACAUGGUUGUGGAUAUCCGAAGGUUUUGUUACAACUCGUACGGAAAAGCUUUUGGAGGUUGUGGCAAAAGAUUACCUGGAGAAUCUUGUUGGGAGAAACCUGGUGAUAGUGGCUAAAAAGAGUUUUGAUGGUACGAUUAAGACAUGCCGCGUUGAUGAUCUGUUGUUUGAAUUUUGCACGAAGAAAGCCAAGUUGAACAACUUCUCAGAAAGGAUAAAAUGGGACAAAGGAGUUGAUAUGUCUCAUGUGUUCCCUUCAAAGUACAGGACUCCACGAUUAUCCCUUCAUUCUCAGUGCGAUAAUCUUCAGAAAUGGUGUUCUUCUUUCUCACAUGUGAAAUCGUUUCAAUUCAGGGAGGCUAGAAAUUUUGCAUUCUCUUCAAUGGACCAUGCAUCAUACACUUUUAGAAGGUUCAAGUUUCUGAGGGUGUUAGAUAUUGAACUCACAAUAAUUGAUUCUUUCCCUCAAGAAUUAACUCUUUUAAAGUAUCUUGCUUUUCGGACUGCUGAAGAUGCAAUAUCUCUCCCAGCCCAUCUUUGGAACCUUGAAAUUUUGAUAGUUCAAGGAAUUAGAGGACGAGUAUCAUUACCAAAUACAAUUUGGAAGAUGGUUAAAUUGCGGCAUUUGCACAUAUAUGAUCAAGUAUUCUUCACUUUGGAUAGUGGACAAGAACUCUCAGAAAGCCCCUCGACAAUGAAUGCUCUGCAAACUAUUUCCUCUCCAUGUUUUUCUUGUGUGGACAAUGCCGACAAGAUCUCAGCAAAGACACCAAAUCUUCAGAAACUGAGAUGUAAAGUUUUGAAAUUUGAUGGAUCGUUCCCUGCAUUUGGCAAUCUUACAGAGCUUGAAAUGCUCAAGAUUUCUUCCGGUACUAGAUUGACCUUGACCAAUCAGUUGAAGUUCCCUUCAAAAUUGAAGCAGUUGACAGUGUCCAAUUUUCACAUAGAUCUUACUAAAGUUGCAACUCUUCUAGAACUUGAGGUACUAAAGCUGCUAGGAGUUACUAUUAGUUCUAACAUAUGGAAAGUGAAUGAUGAGCACUUCCUUCAACUCAAAUUCUUGAAACUAGAAGAUCCUUCUUUUUCAGAAUGGCAUGCCUCCGGUGAUGCCUUUCCAUCCCUUGAACACUUGGUACUUGAAAGAUGUCGAUAUCUUAAGGUGAUCCCUUCACGUUUUGUGGAUCCCUCCUACUUAAAAUCAGUUGAGAUAAUAUCAUGCGAUAAAGCACUUGCUGUGUCAGCCGAGGCUGUCAAGGGAACAUUAAUUGAUAUGUCAGGAACUUCUGGUUUCGAGAUCUUUAUCCGCAAGUAGAACAAUAACAUCUCAACCCUCAAAUUGAUUAUCAGAUAUUAAGGAGCUUAUCAGCUGAAGCAAUUGGGACGACCAAGAAGACUUUAAGUUUUAUGAUGUAUUAGUUGAAUAACUGGUGGUAUCACUUAUGGUUAUUCUGCAACUGGUUUUAGUGCUUUCUAUACUUUUAUGGAUUGAGAUUGUGUAUGGUAAUGGAUAUUGAAAAUGCAAGGUGUUUCCAUCUGUCAAUAUCAAGGUCUUUGACAUGAUUUUGAUUA